AUGGUCGUGGCUCGCCGGCUGGUACCCAUGGCUGAGAAGAGAGAGACCACCACCGCGCCGCUGCCCGACCUGACCGAGAACAUCGAGGAGGACUGGCACGCGUACAAGGAGGGCAAGGGCAGACAUCGCCACCUGGAGCGCAACGAGGAGAAGUUCCCGCCCAAGGCCCACGAGGAGAACGUGCCCGACCACAGCGAGACGACGCCCGACCCGGGCAAGGAGCGCGUCCUCAAGGGGCACACGCUGCCGGUCUCGCUCAAGGCCGCCCGCCGCAUCCAGUCCGAGGCCGACAAGCACGCCACCACCGCCACCGCCCAGGACCUCAAGCGCGACGCCAUGUCCAGCGCCGAGCACACCUCGCACACCCGCGUCUGA